AUGGUGGUUGAUGUCGCGUUUCCCAGAGUGGGCAAGCAGGCAGGACCGAGGUGCUCUCUCCCUGAUCGAAACGCCAAAAGUGGCAGGUGGCAGGUGGCUGGAAACUCCCUCCCUCGGUCCCUCGCCUGCCCUUCGCCCAUCACCCAUCACAUCAUCAUCAUCAUCGCCAAAAGAGGGAAAUCCUUCCGACAGACGGACGAUCCCUCCCUUCUGCGGGCCGGGACAGACAACUGCGGACGUAGACAGCCUCUCGCCGUAUAUCAUCUGCACCCACCCUCAGCCAGCCUCCCGACAGAGCUCAAUAAUCGGACCAAACUGUCUGCACUACAGAACGCAGUCGUAGAAUUCGGAGCUCUCGCCGCCCUUUCAGCACCCGUCAUACGAGCAGUCUUUGGCUCGGAUACCACUGAACAGGUCGAUAACAUCACCGAUACCCAGACCAAAUCUCAAACCACCACCAACAGCACUCGACAAGUGACCACCGGAGUUCAAUCAGGAACCCCGGCUUUGGAACAGAAAGACCCGCUUCGAGACCAGACCGAUUCGUCGCGUCCGGACCAGAUCGACGCUAGCAGCUCUCCCAAGCUCCUCCCCGCACCCAAACCCACGAGCGAAGACACCCCUAGUGUCUCGCCAGUAGACGAAGCAGUCGAAAUUCAGUCUUCAGACCACUCUCCUCGAUCCGACGAAGUCAAACUUCCUCCACCCAUCUCCUUGGACUCGUUGCCAGGUUAUAGGACCCUCGUCACCGCACCUGCCACUUUCGACUACGCUAGUGCCACAUCUAUCGGUUCUCCCGUUCAAGCUCACUCAGCCGAACGAGAACAAGACAGCGAGAACAAACCCGAAUCGCUUCCCGCCGUCGUAGCCGCUUCCGCCGAUACUUCUGAAGGCGUCAUCCCCCAAGAUCAAGAACACGAGAACAACACCAACAUGGGUCUCUUUUCCGCCAUCACCAACAAUAUCAACAAGCCUGAUAACAGCAGGAGGACGAGCAUGCACAGGAGCAACACGGCCAAGACGACCGGUACUACUGCGACCACUGCUACCAACGCUACUGGACGAACCGAGCAGCCCGCAGUCGUUCCUACGGGAACCGGUACUGGCAUCAUGACCGGGGAUACCAUCGUCCCCGCUGCGGCGAGGACCAACGAGUCGUCUGCUAGGUCCGUCAACGAGACCCCGGCCGUGGCACUUGUCGACCAGGACCGACCUGUCACCCCCGUCCCUGCCUCUGUGAUCGACGCGCCUCCUGCUCAGACCACCGAGAUUGGCGAUCGAGCCGUUACUCCUGCUCCCCGUACCGACCGUACCGAGUCUGUCAACGGAGACAGGGAGUCGUAUGCGGCUUCUCCCGUCGUUCCCGCCGCUGCUCUGGUCGCCGAGGGUAGGGAUCCUGUCAAUGCUCCUAACGGGAUCGAACCCCCCGCUAUCAACGUCCAGAGCUCUCGAGCUAGCGAGUACACGAACGAUCAGGAUUACCCGGAACGACCUGCCUUCCACGAACAGCCUUCGAGGUCUUACAUCAAGGGCAGGGAGAACGGCACCGACGCCGGCUCGAUCAGGAACUCGGUCAGGAACAGCGAGUUGCCCCCUACCGUUACCGAGAGCGUCAUUGAACAUGCUCCUGCCGUGCUCGAGCGCACCGAUACUGGUGCUCCCAAGGUGAUCGAUUACAGUACCGCUUCGCCUGCCAACCUCGGGGACAGGGAACAUGUUGGUGGAGUCGUCGUCCUCCCCGCUGGAGGUGCGCUUCAACACGGUCGUGAUGAGAGCGUCUACCAGCCCAGGGAGGAACAACAAGAACGUCUCCCCGAGCAACAGUCCGAGUACACUGGAGGUGACCGUCAGACUGAACGGGCCGAGUCGCCUCGCAAGUCCGUCGAGACUGCGCACAAGUCGGUAGAGACCCAGCGUCAGCAGCCCAACGGGAACGGCGCCGCCGUUUACGAGAACCAGCAACAGCCGGCUGGAGAGAUCAGGCAAUUGAUGCACGAGGGUCAGGCUUACCGAGAGGACGGUCUGGUUCACGGUCAGCCGGCUUACCAGCAACAGCCUCAAGUCGUUCCUCCUCACAGCUACGCGCCCAUCGCCGGCGCGACCGCUGGUGGAAUGAUCAGCUCUGCCGUUGGACAAGGCUACCGACAGGAGCAACAGCAGCAAUAUCAGCCUCAGCAGCCUCAGCAGCAACCGCGUUACCCGGACCAGUCGUUUGCAAACGAACGAGCCAUGUCGCCUGGUCCCGAAUUGGGCAUGCAGAGGUUGGCCAUCGACCCCGCUCACCAGCAGCACCUGCAGCAGCAACCGAUGGGUAAUGGAUCCAACGUCGGUCCUUCCCCGGGCCCGCCUGUCACUGCCUUUAAACCCACCGCGCCUAGCCCUAGCAGGACUUUGGGAGCCUCGGCCGCCGAUGGCGGGUUGGAUCGAUCCAACACGUAUCGAACCGGUGUCUCUCGAGGAUCUACCAUCCGACGAGGAGGCGCCUUCGCCAAUGGUUCCGCCCUCUCCGGGGGUGGUGUCGCCGAGACUUAUGGUCGUGAGGACAUUCACAACCGAAACGAUCUGGCUACGAGGAACUUGAUCGCCGCCGGCAAGCCUGGUGAGGCCGUCUCGAGGAGGAUCAGCACGGCUGAGAAGAAGGAUGCCAAGAGGAUGUCCAAGUUGAUCGUCAAGGAGGGUCAUAUCGAGGCCGCCGCCGUCAAGGCUUCCAUGAAGGAGUUGGAGUCGUUGCAAAAGAUGCAAAAGGCUGCCGCACAGGAAGAGCUCAAGGCACAAAAGCUGCAGACCAAGGCGCUCCAGGUGCACGACAAGGCUUACAAAAAGUUCUUGAAGCAGAAGGAGGCUUAUGACAGGAUCGAGGCCGAAUUGAGGAGCCGAGAGGAGCAGUACGAGGCUACGCGUCAACACGCCCAGGCUCAGACCGAGAUCCUCGCUCAGAAGAGCGCCGAGUUGAACGACUUGCGAGCUCAGAAGGCCGCGGACGACCGUGAGCGUGAGAUGCGCCUUUUGGCCUUGAAGAACCCCGGUGCUGCAUAG